UUGUGUUUUGAGGGCAGUAACAAGGAAGUGCAGUCACAAAUUUAAGGUACCGUUUCUCAGUGCUGCUGUUUGUUUGGACGCAAGGUCUCACAGCGACACCUAGGGAUUCGUCCGACUUCUUGCGGGUAGAUACUCUGACAACAGGGGUUAAAGUACUAAAGUACAGACAUUAUUGCGUUUACAAGUUUAGGAAGAGCUUCGUGAUGGCAGUGGACUGGAUUGGAUUUGGCUAUGCUGCAGCCAUCGCCUUUGGGGGAUUUAUGGGCUACAACAGAAAAGGCAGCGUCAUGUCCCUGAUGGCUGGUUUAGUUUUCGGUUGGUUGUCUGCUUAUGGUGCAUACAACGUCUCCUAUGACCCAAAGGACAUCAAGGUCUCAUUGUUUACCUCGGGAGUCCUUUCACUCGUGAUGGGAAUGAGAUACAAGAAAUCUGGAAAGUUGUUGCCUGCUGGCAUUAUGUCGGGCCUAAGUUUGUUGAUGGUGUUUCGGCUGUUACUGCUCCUCGUUGUGUGACUGGAGGAGGAACACUGACUGAGGGCUCUGUCUCUCCAUGAGCAGGCCUUGUUUUAAAGGAAACAACAUUCCCAGUGUGCAUACUAAAACAUGCCUUCUGUUUCGUGACCAUGUGAACAAAAACUUUGCAAAAACUACCAGAGGGUGUUAAACAGAUCCACGGUUAAUUUGCCUACUAAUCUUAUUGCAUUAAAUCUGUUUUGGCGAUCUUGUAUAAAUAAAACUCUGUUGUUGUAUGAGCAUGAA